CACAAGUCGUAAUGAGUGGUGACGGACGGAGACCAAAACGUCCACCCAAGUCCAAAUUCGACAAGGGCGCAAGUGUGGUGGCGUUCCAUUCUCUCUUCCACAAGACUGACCCACCAACACCAACACCGGCAUCGUCCCCACACAAGGGCACAAAGAAGGCCACACCGACCGCACCACCGACGACACAGACACUAGCAGGAACAACGAAGACUCCGGCUCAAACGAUGGCGCCGAGACCAACGGCAGAGACGCCAACCCCUACCACGGAACCCUCGGCACCAACUAAAGAGACGCCAUCACCAACAACGGAGCCCACGGCACCAACGAAGGGGGCGCUAGAACCAACGACAGAGACGUCAGCACCUUCGGCGUUUCCCACGACGACAACAUCGGAGAAACCGGCACCAUUAAGGACGGAGACACCAGCGACGAACCCCCCAGUAUCAACGAUGGACUUCACGGAACCAACAAUGGAGACUGAGACUUCAGCACGAUCGACGGACCCCCCUGCAGCAACAGCGGACAUCACCACACGAACAACGGACACAUCAGCACCAACGACAGACCCCCUUGCACCAACGACGGAAGCCCCUACACUAACGAAUGAUGUCCUGGCACCAACGAUGGACCUCCCGACACCAACGAUGGACUUCCUGGCACCAACAAUGGACUUCCUGGUACCAACGAUGGACUUCCCGGCACCAACGAUGGACUUCCCGGCACCAACGAUGGACUUCCUGGCACCAAAAACGGACACAGAGAUUUCAACACGAACACUCUUGACCACGGAACCAACGAUGGACCACCCCCCUGCAGCACCAACGACGUACACUGAGACGCCUCUACAAACGACGGACCCCCCUGCAUCAACGACAGACCUCCCAGAGCCAGGGACGGACCCCCCGGAACGAACAACAGAAACGGAGACGCCAGCACUAACGACGGAGCCCACAACAUCAAUGACAAACCUCCCCGAGCCAACGACGAACCCCCCGAAACCAACAACCGAGACAGAGUUGCCAGAACCAAGGAAGGGCCACCCCCAUGUACCAACGACGGACACAAUGACAGAUCCUGCAUGUGUGCCAUCAUUUUGCUUGCUACGAUGUCACGGCGCAUCCACGACAACCCCUGCAACCCCUGAAGAUGCAGAAGGCAAUGACGCACCACCUUCCAAGAGGGCAAGCCCGGCAGCUGCGUCGAUUACACAAGAAGCGAAAAGGCGGAAGAGGCUUGUUCGGGGUGAUGAAAUGAAGCGUCGAAGGGCAAUCACAACUGGGGCGACAGAAGAAGUUGUGCAUCACGAGCUCUGGCGCAAAUUUGAGCUCGAUCCAGCGCGAAUGCUGAAGUCCUUGCACGACUUUGUCGAGGAAGUUCGUUGUACCCACCCCAAGCUGGAACCAGCCAAGAAGUCCGACAUGGAUGACGCUGGACUCACCCCAAAUGAGUUUAAGUUCCUGCAAUCUGGCAAGAUUUCGCUCGUUCCAUUGCUCGACAUGGGAUUUCUGGAGCCAGCGAAGACGUACAAGAACCUUCGUAACGUCAUGGCUACACGACCAGUACGGAAGGACGAAGUCACAAGGCACUUGAAUCGUUUGGUCAAGGACGGUUUCUUGCCCACGUUCAACGUCGUGCUAUUUUCGCCAGGACCGGAUGGGCACAAGUACGGCAUUGUGGAUGGCCAACAUCGAAUUCAAGCGAUGUGCCUGCUUUGGAACGAUCGCGAGCUCUUUCGUGGACGUACGUUCGAGCAUCUGUCAAGAUCCACGGACGACAUCCCACUCAUUCCUGCGUUGGUCCUGACGUCCAAGGAAGCCACACCUUCUCAGGUCUUGAAGUACAGCUUGUUGUUGAACAAGUUGUACCAUUAUGGUAAUUUCUCCUCGGUGUACUACGCGAUUUGUGUUUUGGACAAGUGCAUGGACUGGGGGCUGUAUAAGCAAAGUAUGAUGAGCCGGACAAUCGAAAGCGGUAUUCGGCGCGGUGGAAAGAUGGUUGCGAUGUACGACUUGUGCGUCCAAGGCUUGCAGGAUGAUCGCAUGGACAUCCCCGAUGCAAUGCGGGGGAUAUCGAAAGCGGUCAGUGACGACUUGAUCCGCGUUGUGUGUCGACUGCAUCACUUUGGGGUCAUGGAGAAGCUUGUGUGCAGCAUGGACGACCCUCUGUCGAAGAAAGAGUCGUCCUUGAUGGCAAUCAACGUGUGGCACAAGUGCAUGGAAACGAUGAACAACUAUUACUGGUUCUUUCGACAUUGCUGCACCGUCAAGAACGUGCCGUGGAGGCGUUCCGACAUCGAUGCAGCCAUGCAAGCCCUCAUGCAACUGUACCUACUGUCCCCAGAAGGCAUCGUGCUCGAGAGCCUGGACCGAUGUAUGUACGGAACGUGGGCGGCGAAGACCAUACUGUUUUCCAACGCGAUAUACCAUUCAAUAUUCCCUGGCACAAGGACUUGGCCACCGCUAUCAGCCGCUUCAAAACUGUCUUCAAGAGCUUGA